GAAAGAAUCGUGAGGUUGAUCGUAAAGCGGAGUUUGGGAGGGAACGAGUAAAGCCAGGGCUCUCGGAAGCUUGGGGUUAGGGUUUUUAAGGAGGAAUAGGGCUAGAUUAUUCUAGCUUUGCUGGAUGAUAUUUGGUGGAGAUAUUAAUGGUUUACACAAGGAAAUCGUUCAAGGAUUCGCUCAAAGUCCUUGAAGCUGAUAUACAGCACGCAAACACACUGGCAUCUGAAUUUCCAAGAGAUUAUGAUGGUGCCUGCCUUCAAAUGCGUAUGUCAUACAGUUCAGCUGCUCACUUAUUUCUGUUUCUAGUUCAGUGGACAGACUGUAGCCUUGCUGGGGCUCUUGGUCUGCUGCGGAUUUUGAUUUAUAAGGUUUACAUUGAUGGAACAACAACAAUGUCAACACAUGAAAGGAAAGCAAGCAUCAAGGAGUUCUACGCUGUGAUUUUCCCAUCUUUGAUGCAACUACAUAAAGGAAUUACUGAUAUGGAGGAUAAAAAGCAAAAAGCAUUGUGUCUGGAAAGGUUUAGGAGAAGAGAUGAUGAUGAUAAAAGGCAGUUCUCGGAGUUUGAUGCUGAAAGAGAAGAGGAAUGUGGGAUCUGCAUGGAAUUGAAUAGCAAGAUAGUGUUGCCCAACUGCUGCCAUUGCAUGUGCAUGAAGUGCUACCGUGAUUGGCAUUCGAGAUCUCAAUCAUGUCCUUUCUGCCGUGAUAGUCUUAAGAGAGUGAACUCGGACGACUUAUGGAUCUUCACUGACAGCAGAGACAUCGUUGACAUUUCAACUCUGUCCAGAGAGAAUCUACGACGCCUCUUCUUGUACAUAGACAAGCUCCCUCUCAUCAUUCCGGACACCGACUUUGAUUCCUAUGAUUCUCAUGUCAAAUGAGCACAUUUGGGUUCCCCACUUAACCUCGAAUAUAAGCUCCCUCCUCUACCUUCAAUACUUAGCCGCUAGAGGCAGCUACUACUCUCUGGCUGAUUGAGCUUAAAGCAAAGUUCUCCUCAAAGAUUUGUGGCUUUCAAACAUUGGGAAAAACUAUUAUCUGCAUGCGUUGGGCUCUUGUAAAUUUUAUUGUAUAGUGCUAAGUUUCUGUGGAAGCCAAUUAGUUAGCUGUGUGUAUAGGGUACUCAUGUAUCAACUAAGUAUGGGAAUUUAAUGGGUUCUUAUAAGAUAUGUGUUUGGGUUA